AAUCAUCCCAGCCUGGGAAGCAAGAUAGAUCGACAGUCCUAAUUCUAUCCUCCAAUCUGAUCGGGUGACGAUACAUUGGGUGCAUAUCUGCAGCUAGUGGACGCCCUGCCAGUGACCUGAGGAAUCCAUAGAAUCCCAUCGAAACGCGCCCGCCAGAGGACACUUUGUUGAUUCUUUCAACAUCAGUCACACCAAUUCGUGGCCUUUUAAGCAUCGCAUUGCGCCGCCAUUCUCACAUUCAUACCCAACCGAGUUUUGCAUCCAAUUACUAUCUUGCGAUCUGUUUUCAGUCUGUUGUGCAUUUCUGCCACCUGCCAAGACCCCGCUCGGAUUUUUGAGGCUCAGAAUAUCCAGCCGAUGUGAACUAUACACUGUAUACGGUUCUAUUCAACACAAUUUAAGAAGUAGAUGGCUGGCCCGUCUCAGUAUUGCAUGGCCUCGACCUGGCCAUAGACUCGAAACUUCACUUCGCCACCCUUUUCCAUUCACCAUGUCCAUGUUUAGACCGGCCGCAGAGAUAGGCUCGUCUGAUUCCGACUCAAGUGCGGAAGCAAGCGAUCAUGAAGUGGUUACCAAGAAGGAAGCUAAGAGUGAAACUCAGCCCGUGCAAAAUGGGAAACUGCCCAUCCCAGAAGAUGGAGGAACGGAUGACAGUAGCACCCAAGAUCUGCUUGCUGCAGAUACCGAUGGCCACUCAAAUAUUAUGACUUCUGCCUUGUUGGAAUUCUACUGCCUUACCCGGGCUGCCGACCUCCUCAAUAAACAGCACGGAUCUCGUAAUCGCUAUACGCGAGACUCACCGGAGGUGCAGUUCCUCGGGAAGAAGUUGUACUCUCACAAAUCCAAGUUUCUUUCAGCCCAUGGCGUCCUCGCCGAUGGCAUUGAGGACGAUGAGUGGGGAUCAACGCGGCAGUACUAUCGCGAUAACCUCGACGCUCUUGGCUUAUCCGCACUCGAAGGGCUCGACAUCGGGGACACUGGUGGGAAGCCGGCCAUUGGAGGAACCGGCGACCUUGUUGUGGCCUCCAAGACCACGAGAAGUGCAGCGAAACCAACUCAGAAAUCUGCACCAGGUCUGCGUGUGGAGGGCCACGAGGUAGGUCCGUUGGAUUUUCGAGGGCAUCAUGGCGCGGAACAAGGUAUCCCGGCAUUGGAGGACUUCCGGCUUGACCCAAGGAGGAUACCCCGGCCCCUCUUACCACUCACUGGCAGCUCACCGACGAGCUUUCCCCUGUUUGAUGUCAAGUCAACCCCAUCCAACACAACAAUGUCCAGGUACGCCAUGGAAUUCGCUGAAAUUCAGAUCGUCGGCCGGGGCUCUUUUGGAGAGGUGUACCAUGUCAAGAACCACAUCGAUGGACAGGACUAUGCUGUUAAGAAAAUCCCACUCAGUCAAAGACGCCUCGAGCAGUUACAGUGUGGAAAUGAAAACCAGCUGGAGAAUAUCAUGAAGGAAAUCCGGACGCUGGCUCGACUAGAGCAUGCAAACGUCGUUAGAUAUUAUGGCGCCUGGCUUGAACAGACAAAUUUCCCGCGCAUCCCGUUUGCCAGUCAGGAUCCAGGGAAGCUUGACGACGAAGAGACCCAAGACAGCGAAGCCGAUGAACCGUCGGGCGUUGACAGUUUUGGGAUUGUCUUUGAGCAUUCUCAAGCGGAACAGCCGUCGUCGACUGGAGACGGCUCGAUUGAUCGCAGAAGUGCAACGGAUUCCACAGUUCAUUCGUUGGAGAAGAUCCUGUCACGCAGCUCAGAAGACGAUGUCGAAUCUAUUCCACGCGAGUUCAACGAGGCAACUUAUAGCCAGCUGUCAACGUUUGGCGCCAGUGACGGGGAUAUUUUCACAGAUGGAUUUAGCAAUGAUAGAUCACAACUCCAACUACAGCGGAGACAUCGAAACGGCGAGGCGGUUCCUGCUGUGGUUCUGCAUAUACAGAUGUCAUUACACCCAAUUCCCCUUAGCUCGUACUUGAGCCAACAACAAACAAACGAUACCCACACUUUACUACGUCGGCACUGUUACCACCUCAUCCCAUCUCUGAAACUCAUCCUAAGCAUCGUCUCCGGAGUCGACUAUCUUCACUCCAAAGGCAUCAUCCAUCGCGACCUCAAACCAGCAAACAUUUUCUUAUCCUGCGCCGAAGACAGGAACUUCACAGAGUGCCAAAUGUGUAAAGCGAGGCUGGGCGCAUGCUCAAAAUUCUGCCAUCCUCGUAUCGGUGACUUUGGACUCGUGGCAGAUAUCUCACAUAUGAACGACUCCUCCCCAGGAACUCCCAUCGGCUCUACUCUUCCCAAACUCAACCGCGUCGUCGGAACAGAAUUCUACUGCCCACCAUUCUUCCGAACAAAUGGGCUUCCCGGGCCGGAACCUGCCGGCCCGUCCAGCGAAGAGUACUUCGACUACUCAAUCGACGAGUCGCUCGAUGUCUACGCCCUUGGCGUUAUAUUAUUCGAACUCGUUUACCGCAUCGGCACAAAGAUGGAACGCCAGAUGGUCUUGACUGGACUGACGAGGGGCUCGCAACGACCCACCCCUACUGGUUUAGUUCGAGAACGACCGGUAUUUCCGGAGGACUUUGAACGGAAGGUCGACCGCGGCUCGACGGCUUUACCGAGUGGGGAGAGCGUUGCUGAGUCGCUGAAGACGUGCAUCAGGGGUAUGUUGGAGCUGCAACCUCACCGGCGCUGGAGGUGUUGCGAUGUACAGAGAUACUUGACAGGACUGCUUAACAUUGCUGAGCAGUCUUUUGUUUAGUGGUUAAACAGAUGAACUCUCCUCUUAAUGAAGUACAUGAAUGAUCUAGUUAGUGGUCCAUGAAUAGCAGCGUCAGGAUCUAUAUCUACGCAGAAUAAGACCAACAUUAAAUCGGCUAAACCGUGGACUCAGGAACCUUACAAUAUAUAUUAGACAACAACUUGACUCCGUCAUUCGCGCGUGCAGUGUGUCUCAAGGGUACGUAACAUCGACCUUGGAACUAAAGCUGCCUGGCAUGUAUCAGAAAACGCGGGGAAAGCGGUCCAGGCGGUUCGACCCGC